UUAUAAAUCGCCGACUAUGUAUAUUAUAUAAUUAUAAUUUUCUGAUUUUUAAAAUUGAAGGAUUGAGAUAUUUUCAUCACACGCGCGCAUUAAAGCCAUUUUUUACCGAGUCAAAAAAUAAUUUAUUAUCGAAGGAAUUAAAUAAUUUUAUGGGCGUAAAAUUGAUGUUAAAAUAAAAUAGCAACGUAUAUAUCAUUUCUUUCAUUCUUGGCAAAUUUAUUAAUUUUACAGUUUAUUAUAAUUGAUCGCUCUCGAUUUGCGUUCCCGAGGAACGUGAAGUAGUGCUCGCAAUGCAUUUCACGCGUGACUCUACGCCCUAUGCUCCCAAGUUCACACAGUUUUCGCGGAUACGCGAAACGCCUCGACUCGUAAACGUCUCAUAACGGCUUUGUAUUUCUCGCGUUCUUUUCGCCCGAAAAACGUUAAAAACGAAUCGCCCGUGUGUUUGAGUACAUAAAGUGAACGUUGCGCGUUCGUUGCAGGUUGCAGGCUGCAGCUUGCGGACGGGAACGGUCAACGGACAACGGACGUUACACAGUUAUUCAAACGCGCUUCUUCUUCGCCGAAUCAACGAUCCAAGUUUUGCGUAGCGAGAAAGUCAAAGACUUGGGUGCAACAUUCUUAGAUUAUCCUUUAUUACAGUGCCAACAAAAAAGAGGAGAAGUAUGCGUUAUCAAGAGUGAUUAAUUCGUUCGGAUGUCGAUCGAAGUUAAUGUUGCGAAGAAAUCGAAACUGCGCAGUCAAGAUGUCGGUCGAUUUUGUAAUUUGUGAUUCGGGCGAUAUAUCAAACGAGUGUAGCGAUCGAGUUCGGGAAAGCGGAGCGGUCACGUGAGAUCCAAUCUCGGGAGGACGGAAAAAUAUGAGCAUCCUACAAAACUAGGAAAAAAACAGAAUUUUUAUCUGGGUGGUCAUCAUGGAGACUGAGGAGCUCACCAGACUCGUCGACGAGAUCUACAAGAAUAUCUUGGACAAGUUCAACCCUGGCGCCAGGCAGCUGAUCAACGCAGGCAAGGCAUAUCUGAAGGCCCUUCACGGAGCUGCGGCGGCGUCGCGAGUUUACGUUGACGCUUUGUCCCGAUUAGCUCGUCAAGCUCAACUGGGCACAUGGGGCGGUUCGAAGGAUGUAGGUUUCGCGCUGAUGAGAAUCGUCGAGGUAUACAAGGAAAUCCAGGAUCAGGAGAUGAACAUUCUGAAAGCAUUCUAUGUGGACCUGCUGGUGCCAUUGGAGACCAAUCUGGAGAAGGACACGAAAGUCGUUCAAAGCGAGCAGAAGAAGUUUCUUCAGCAGCACAAGACUAGAUCCGAGACCUACAGCAAGGCGGCCGCUACCAUGAAGAAACAAAGAAAAAAGUCCAGAGCCGCUAAUAAAAGCGGCCUCGCCAUGGACAAGGAGCUAAAGAACAUGCAGAUUCUCGAAGAGGAGAAGACCAAGCUCGAUGCCUUCUGCGAGCAGAGCCUGAAGAAUGCGAUGACUCAGGAGAGACGACGAUACGGUUUCGUGUUGGAGCGACAAUGCUCCUUGGCGAAGCACUAUGCGAGUUUUCAUGAGGUUGCACUCGCCGCGCUUCAUCCCUCGGUUGAUAAAUGGCGCGAGGUUGCCGCCACCAGGGAAUAUCUGCCCCAGUCGGUGGAGGACAUGUUCGCUUCCAGACUCAGGCAAUUUACAUCUUGGCAGCAAACAUCAUUCUGGCCGGAUGAGAAUGAGGAGAACGGCGGCUCCGAACUGACGACGAUGAGCUCGCAAUUGCGAAAGACACGAAGCAUGGACAGCUCCUGCCUAGAACUGCGAUUGGGCCCAUUACCCGGGAAUCCGCAGUCGUCCGGCGGCCAUCUCGGUCCAACGCCGCAUCUUCCCGCUGUCCUUUCCAGAGCAAGAUCGGAGGCCAAUCUGCACGCCUCGACGUUAUCCCUCGGCCCCGAGGUUCCAGAGACCCCACCCCGACCGAGAUCUAUGGCGCCCCCCACGUCCCGCAGCAGCGGUGGCGGCACCGGAAUCGGCGCCGGCGGUUGGGGGGACGCCCCUCUCGCCAGAGCUCUUUUUGCCUAUCUUAGCUCGGGAGAAAAUCAGCUAAGCUUUCUGGAGGGUGAUCUCAUCGCUCUGAUGGGAGAUCGUCAGAAGGGAUGGCAAUUUGGCGAGAAUCUCCGCACUCAAAGCUCGGGUUGGUUUCCCUUGGCGUAUACCGAAAUUAUAAUCGACGAUACUUUGGGAUCACCCAGUCAUGGAGCGAGCCACGGUAGGACGGAUUUGCAAGCUAUUCCGCCGUGCAAGCCGCCUCCUUCUCGACCGCCAAUUACACCAGCUAGUAUCGACGAUUCAUCUGGGGGUACCACGGGCGCUAACAGCAACUCUGCCAACAGCAACAACGCCAACAACAACAACAACAACAAUAGCUGCGUUGGCACACCGACCAAUAACGCGAGUGUUCUGGCGACUCCGACAGCGCGUCAAUCAAAAUCGAUCCGUCCAUCAGGUACACUGCCCGCAGUGCUGGCCGGAGGGCGAAGGGUGCAACCGCCCGUGCCCCCGGUGCCACCUCCGGCGAUGACGUCCCUCCAUAGCAGCAACGACAGUGGCUUUUCCAACGAGCCCCCAGUGCAGCCCGACGUCGAUUAUAGCGACGACGAGGUGUUGAGACAACGGCGCCGGAAGCCGCGAAGCGGAGGAGAUCGUCCGUCCCCAAAGGAUGAGAGGCAGGCAAAGGACUGGGAGAACGAUUCUUGGAAGACGAUCCCGCGGGACGAGAAGUCCUGGCAGCUGUAUCGCACGGCAAUGGAUUUAUGGGCGGAAUCCAAAGCCAAUCGCACAGGCGAGGAUUCGAAAAAGUACUUUGAAAUGGAGAACGGCGACUUUGGGCUGGAGAACGGCAAUAUAACGAAGAAGAGGAAGAGCAAAAAGAUGGCACAGCAGCCGAACGAACGACCUAGCCCGAAUCAGCGCACGAAGAUGGCGGACGAGCGGAGCGCACCAGCUGUUACUCGUCACGGCGAUCAGCGACGCGUAGACAAGCGGACGCAGGCAGAAACCGAAGAGGACGAACUCGAGGAAGACGAGGAAGAUUUUGGCGCCGAAUGUAAUAAUAAUAAUAAUAAUAAUAAUAAGUUUUACGGAAAAAAUCAGGAAUCUCAACAAGAGCGACGAGGAGGAAGCGGUUUCGAAGCAGACAAAUACGCCAAGUCUUCGAGCUCGUCAUCGGAAUCCGAUGACGAGAGUACUAUCACCAUCCCGGAACCGGGCCGUAAGGUUGAGCAUAUAGCGCAGAAGCUCGAACAGACCGCGCAAAAGUAUGCGCGCGAGCAUAGUCCGCCCAAGUUUCUUGAACGCCGCGAGAGGACAAACGCGGCAGAGUACAAGAGCCUGGAGAGGGAAACGCGCGAAACACCUUCGUCGCGCGAACGUCGCGAAAGAUCAGCCGUGGAAUAUAAAAGCCUGGAGCGUAGCCGGGACGGUGGCCAAAAGAAUUCGGAGCGCUUGCGCGACGACAAACAUCUGCGAGAUGAUGAACGCACGAUGCGGGACGACAAGCACUCGCAUGAACGAGGUUCUCGCGAGGACAAGCAAAACUUUGGACGCUUGAGAGACGACAAACAGAGCUUUGAACGUUCGAGAGAGGAGAAGGCAAACUUUGAACGCGCAAGAGAGGACAAACAAUGUUUCGAACGCUCAAGAGAAGACAAGCAGAUUUUUGAACGUUCAAGGGAGGACAAGCAGAGCUUCGAUCGCUCGCGAGAAGACAAACGGAGCUUCCAGCGUUCCCGCGAGGAAGCGCAGUCGUACGAACGUGCUCGCGCUCGUUCUAGAAACGACCAAGAACGCGCGUAUACGGAGCAACGAAAGGAGGUAAUGGGUUACGAACGAACGUUUGAGAAAAACCGCAAUAGAAUGGUCGAAAGAUUGUCCGGUCGACGAUUCGAACGACCGCGGCCCCCAUCGCAGGAGGCUCCAGAACGGCCUGUUGGACCCUACCGAGAACGCAGGUAUUCCGAUAAGGAAGAGGUGAUUUAUGGAGAGACCGGCCGAUAUGGAAUAGAUUCGCUCGAGAGAGAUCGCGGUUAUGAGUCAAACUUUGAGACGAAAUUGGAAAGAUCAAAGGUGAUCGAGAGACACGGUUAUCACGCAGGCCUGCACGGUCCAGAUGCGGUUCAGAAGCGAAACAUUGUACCGAGAAAUAGCGAGCAAAGUAACGGCGAUACCAAUAACAACACACUCAAGAUGGAGCGAAAAUCACCGCGACAGGGUCAUAUUACCGGCAUGGGCCAUCUCGCGCAAACCGGCAGAGCUUUCGAGGAAGCAAAGAGCCCGAAGCUCGUAAAGCGGACCAAGUCAUUCUGGAAGUUUCGUCGAGACUCGGAAGUUUUGGAAGGUAUGGCGCUUUGGCAGCACCGCUCGCUCGUGGACAUUCCAAAGAUGAUCCGCAAAGAAGACAAGAUGGCAGGAAACGAGGAGAAGCAGAGAAACUCUGAGGGCGGUAGUCCGAAUUCGAGUCUGGGCAACAGCGAGAGCACCAUCACGAACGAACAUCGACACGAGGAGCCGAAACCGGCUGAGAGAAGCCACGUGCCCGACAAGAUGAAUUACUUUGAUGAUUUUCCAACGCCAGCGGAACGGCCCAAGAUCACGGAAAGAUCGGCGUAUAGAAUUCAACAGCAGCCGGAGGAACGCGCAUACUUUGUCGGCAACGUGUCGCGGAAGGCUAUUAUCGAGAAGGAGCGUAAGCGCAGUCUCGAGGCGAAACGAAAUAUGAUCGUGGCCGAAUUGAAGGAGAACAACGAGAGUAAGCGCAACGAGAUCUUGAUGCACAGCCGGAGAAAUUAUGACGAGGAGGAGGACGCGACCUUGAAUUUUAGCGAGACUGAAGCUUCCGAUGAGGAAUCUACAUACAGUUGCAUCGUCGUUAAGGACCAGAGCAUACCGGAGAAGACACUAUUGCCGAGGACUAAGCUGAGAAGGGAGUCUGACCGAGAUAGGAAUACUUGCGGACCCUGGUACGAUCUUUGGGGUAUGGACGCGUCUGUUAAUAAGAAGAAGAGAAAGCAAAAGCAGCAGUAAGACGAGCUGAUAUGAGAUUAUUACAAACAUGUUAAAGUUAACUGAAUAUUGAGCUUAAGAAACAAAGAUGAUGAACGGAAAAUGGAACAUGGAACAGAGAGAGAGAGAGAGAGAGAGAGAGAGAGAGAGAGAGGAAAAACUAGAGAUUGGAUUCUUAUCUCAAGAAGGAGAAGUGCACGAUUGGUACUAAAAAUAUGAAAAAGAAAGAAUAAUUAAUAGAAGAAACGGCAAUUUCCGUUGCACGCGUAACAUGUGUGUUUUAGUCUUUUAAAAUAAAUUGCACUGGUAAUUUGCGAGCGAGAAACAAUCGAUUCAAAUUUGUAUCAGCAAACAGAUAUUGAGCUUGCAAAUUGUUGUCGCAUGUACAUACGUUAUUAAUUCCACUCCAAACAUCUUAAAUUCAUCUUAUUUAUUUUGAAUUUUUCGUGGACCACCUUUUCAUGAAACUAAUUCCGUGAAUGAUCGACUCCACAUCCCACUUUGAUGUAUUCGUGUCGGCAAAAUCUUUUUCGCUCUGUCUCGUCUUCAACGAUUGGCCGUUGAUGUUGUAGGAGCUUGCAGCAUCGUCGAAGAAAGCGCUCGAUACACUUUUGCGACGACUUCUAGGCUAGACUUAUCCUUGCGGAAUGGAACGAGCUACUUUACCGGAUGAUGCAUCGCCAUUGGUCGUGACUUUUGUAUCGUUAUCCGCUAUUGCUGCACGCGAUAGUUCUUUUCGUUUUUGUUAUUGUUAGCAUAGCGCAAGUCAUUCGCUACAUUAUUUACAACUGUUUCAAACUCUUGUCAUUUUUAAUUGUUAUCAGUCGCUUCGAUUGUCUUGCAAAUUAGUUUGAAAAAUCACACGCAAAUGUAUUUCUCUAUAUGUAAAUUUAGGAUUUAAAUAAAGGCUUUAAUUAAGCGCUGUAUGAUCAGUGACAAAAAUAUUAUUUACUUUCAUAAAAAAAAAAAAAAACAUUAAAAGAGAUAUUCCAAGCUAAAAGAAAUUGGAUAUUAGUAACUAAACAGUUUGCAUCUCGUGCUCUUGAAGAUUUUUUUUUUUUUUUUUUUUUUUUUAUCUAAAGUUUCUGUCGUUCGUGUAUAAUCACAUGUGAUCAUCCAGUAAUUAAGACGUAUAUGACGAGUAACCCGAUUAACUGCAAUUAACACCUUUCAGGACAAAUAUAUUCGCAACUGUCAAGCUGCGAAAGACGAAGACUAACGACCGUUCGGCGCCAGCACUGUCAUGAGACAAGUUCUUUCUCUAGAUGAUGUGUUUCUCAUGCUAGUAGCGAUUGAUGAUAAGGGAACGAAGGUGUCUCCCUUUUGUUGAACAAGUUCCUUCGUCGCGCAGCUUUUUCUCCUCGAGACCAGAAUCAACUAUUAUCAAAUGGUUAUCUAAUAGCAAAUUUUUUUCAAACGGAAACGCGAUGCUAACCCUUUCCGUAUCUACGCGCCGUGAUAUGUGUCUGUGGACAGAAUAUGUAUCUAUCAUAUUUUUUUAUGAUUUCUUUCAAAAGUAUUGAUGCGCGUUAUUUGAAACACGAUGUGAAGCAUUGUAUGAAAACAGUUUGUAGUUUCAUGAUAUUAAAUGAAGCAUUCUAUAGUGUUACGUAAAGAUUUAAAAAAUAUCAUAAUCGUGUGCCAAUACAAUUUUACA